AUGGCCACCUGGGUGUUCUGUAAUCGCUGCUUCCAGCCUCCGCGCCGGACAGCAUGCUUCAGCCUGACCAGCUGCGGCCACGUAUACUGCGCUGGCUGCCUGAGCAAAUGUAAAAAGGAUGAAUGUUUGAUUUGUAAAGUUCCUUGUCAUACAGUUUUACUCUCAAAACAUACGGACUCAGGCAUCCAGGCGCUGUUUGCGGGUAUAGACAGUCUGUGCAAGAAGUACUCCAAGGAGACCUCCCAGAUUUCAGAAUUUCAAGAAAAACACAGGAAAAGACUGUUAGCCUUCUACAGAGAAAAGAUUUCUAAGCUGGAAGACGCCCUCAGGAAGUCCGUGCUGCAGAUGGAGCAGCUGCACAGUAUGAGACCAUCACAAGAAACAGUUUUCAGCACAAUCAAACAUCCAGUUUCAACCCCUUCGGCAAAGCCAGACGGAUGCCUGUUCCUGCCCCCUGACUCGCCGGCCUCUGAGAGGUUGGAAUCCAUGGACGUUGACCUCACGCCCUCCCCAAGGAGAAGGCCUGAGAUAGCAGCUGGCCCGACAAGAAUCUCUCUGAUUAGCCCACCUCGAGACGGACGCAUGGGUAGCGUGUCCCACCGAGGCCCUCAGCACCUCAGCCUGACUCCAAGUCAUGCCAGCGUGUCCCAGGCUCUCAGGAUCGCCAGCAAGGGGCCGGCCCAGAGUCUGGGCCCCCAGGCACCCGGCAGAGCGGGAGGAGGGGGCUCACCCAGCCUCGGAGGCCACCCCGGCCCAGCGCCACGGCCACCGAUCAGCCUCUCGGGGCUGCUGCAGAGACAACAUUUAGGGUCUGCUGGCCUCGGGGCAGCCGCGCUGGAGAGACGACCGGUUCCUGCCCACCUCUGUGGCUCUCCAGCCCUGCAGACAGCCCAGCAGCCCCACUACCCCAGGCAGCAGCUGUAA